AUGGACAAGCGCAAGGUGAAUGGCGGAGGCCAUGCGAGCGAAGAGUUGGACGAUCGCGCUGCGAAGAGAAGAAAGAUGCCGAACAGUGACAUCGACCUAAUGCAGGGAGAAACCGCGGAAACCACCACGCAAAUGGGUCUGAAAUUGAUAGACACUUUCCGGCAAACAGCAGACAAGAGUGGACGCCUUAUUGCUACACCCUUCCUCACUCUACCAAACAAACGACAAUUCCCUGACUACUACGAGAUGAUUCGGAUGCCUAUUGCCUUGGAUACGAUCGAAGCGAAACUCAAGCGCCGCGAAUUUCCGACUCUCACGACCCUCGAAAGCUAUUUCAAGCGAAUGAUUGCGAAUGCAAAGGAAUACAAUCAGCGAGGAUCUGAGAUAUUUGAUGACUCUGAGCGCCUGAGAAAAGCUUUGAGUAACUUUAUGACGAGGUGGAAUCCGGCAUAUAAAUUGAUUCCUGGUUAUACAGCAUUUCCAACACCAUUCCCCGCCACUCCUGACCCAAUACCUCAGACGGAAGGUGGUGAUAGCGAUGAGGAUGCUCCGGGAGAACCUGAAUAUGAAGUUCCAGCGACGACCACUAAGAAGGGACGCGGACGACCACCAAAGAACCCUCAACCACAGAGAACGAGUGUUACUCCUGCUUUAUCCGAAUUUACAUAUUCGGGAAGCGGUUUCCAGGGCCUUUCAUUCCAGGAUGCCCAAGAGAGAUUCGUAGAUGACUGUAUCGUUCAGAAGGAAUACGCCGAGGACGAUUUCCCAGCUUUCCAACCAUUUAUUGAUCUUCCAUCGAAGGUCGAUUAUGAAGACUAUUACCGUGUGAUUGACCACCCUGUCAGCUUGAAAACUCUUAAGAAAGGCGUCAAAGGCGUCAGAGGCAAGUAUGCCGCAACCGGGAAAUCACUCUUUACGACCUGGUCAGCAUUUGAGACUGAAGCGAGUUUCAUCUGGAAGAAUGCUUUCAAAUACAACGAGGAUGGCAGUGACAUUUUCGUACUUGCCCUCGAGUUCAAGACUUUCUUCACGAAGCUUCUAGCCGAAGCUAAGAAAGCUGCACCUGAUGGAGCCGCGCCAGCCAUCGAAGCACCGGCUGCUCCACGGAUCAGCUUGAAGAUCAAACAGCCUCCCCAGCCUAAGUUUACUCUGAAAUUUCCAGGCAGGCCUACACCUGUUGAUUCUCCUACUCCUCAAGCGGCAGUUCGUGCAAACGGGUCAGCCGGACUUGCUACUGCUAAUGGCCGAAAUCCAUUUGCUUCUGCAGCGCCUGCUCCUAGUUUGGAUCCUCUCGAGCGGGCUAGAAGUGCAUGCGGAUCUGUCCCUUCCCCAACGCCUUCGAGUGCUGCCCUUGUCAAGAACGAGGAAGCUGGCCGCAACUCACCAGCUGUCCCGAGCCACUUUAGCAAUCUCCGGGGGUCGAGCCAGGCCGUAGCAUCACCUGCUUUGGCUACGAAUGGUAUGCUGCCACCGACAACUCCUGGCAAUACCUACAAUGCUGGUGGCUACGCUCAAACCUUCAAUCAUCAAGCUCAAUAUAACCCGCCAAAUCCCAGCUUCGAUUCGAAAUGGCGUCAACCUGGUAAAAAUGCUUCUGACGCUAUGAUCACAAAUUUGAGUCUUGCAACUCACCCAGGGCUCAAUAUCUCUCGCCAUUUCCGUAUGGAUUUGCCACCAUCUGCAACGAUGGCCCAGCAGUCCAUCACCAUAAAUCUUCCAUCGACUCACUACUACCUUCAGAUCAAACCGACAAUCGCCCAGUCUUUGCUUGACCGCCAACACAAGUUAUUUGUCACUUCGGGCACCCAAAGACUAAAUGCGAUGCCUCUAAUUCCAGGACAUCCCGUUGAUCAUCGACACCCCUUAUUCGAAGCCCGACUUCUCCCAGGUGUGAACAGAAUCGAUAUUGAAUUGAUCGCAGCGCUCCCAAAGGGUGCUGCCAAACCUGCUAGUGGUCAGGAGGCUGAGUUGGAGAAAAUUACCGUGUUUGCGAAUCUUCUGAAGGCUUGA